CUUUUCCUUCCCUUCCAUUUGGGAGGGAAAAGGGUCAAACUUUGUUUGCUGCCCCGUGCUGGAGCCCUGGUUGCCAGCUGGACAGGGAAAUCCCUCUCCCUGAACAUGAAGAUCCUAGACCCUGGCUAACCCUGAGUCCUGCAAACCCUUUGUGGAUCCUUCCUGGCUGCUGUGGAGCAGAUGCUGAGGCUCUCUAGAGGGAUCUCCUCCCGUCACUCCUGGUGCCUGUGUGAGAGCAGAGGAAGCUCCCAACCGUCGUGUGCCCGAGAGCCGAGCCAUGCUGGGCAGGAGGAGCCGCCUGCCCCCCGAGCUGGGCAGCGCCCGGCAGCGCGAGCAGCCCUGCCCCGAGGCCGUGCCCCUGCGGGCCCGGGCAGCCAGGGACACCAGGGACACCAGGGACACCAGGGACACGGACAUCAGCCUGGAGGUGUUCGGGGGCUCGGCGCCCGAGGGCUCAGGCGGCCGCAGAGCGCAGCAGAUGCGGGACAGGAAGGGGCGCAAGGCCGAGCUCAAGGACUCCAACGGCCGCGAGGCAGAGACCAUCACCUUCAUCUCUGGCACAGCUGAGGCUCCCCCGAACCACAGCUUCUGCUGCUCCUCCCUGGCUCAGGCCUGGAACACGUACAAGGCUGUUUUCUGUUGCAUAGUGACAUGUGGGGGCUGCUUCCAGGACUGCAGUGUCUGCAUUCCCUACCCGGGGCCUGCUGAGACCUCCACGGAUGAUGGGAAGAACGGAGACUACAACGGGCGCCUCCCAAACAGCCCCACCAGCACCUCUCCUGCUGAGAAGAACGGGAACCAGAUCAAAAAGUCCAGCAUGGGCAGCAGUUUCAGUUACCCGGACGUGAAGCUGAAGGGCAUCCCUGUCUAUCCAAACAGGAGCCCCAACCACCACCUGGAGUCUGACUCCUGCUGCAAGGAGCUGCUGGAGAAGCCCUUCAGGAACAGCAUGGAGAAGCCAGCUCUGCCCAGCAGCCACAGGAGCUCGGAGGAGUAUUACUCCUUCCACGAGUCGGACGUGGACAUCAGCGAGCUGAACGGCUCCAUGUCCAGCCGGCAGAUCGACGUGCUCAUCUUCAAGAAGCUCACGGAGCUCUUCAGCGUGCACCAGAUCGACGAGCUGGCCAAGUGCACCUCGGACACCGUCUUCCUGGAGAAGACCAACAAGAUCUCGGACCUCAUCAACAGCAUCACCCAGGACUACAACCUGGACGAGCAGGACGCCGAGUGCAGGCUGGUGCGGGGCAUCAUCCGCAUCAGCACCCGCAAGAGCCGCGUGCGGCCCCACAUCUGCACCCCGAGCCACGAGGACAGGAGCAGCCGGGGCAACGCUCCUGACAGCGGCAACGAGACCAUGCUGGAGUCCAUGGUCAUCAGCCAGGACGAGCUGGCCGUGCAGAUUUCGGAGGAGACGCCGGCGGAUGUGAUGGCCAGGAACAUGAGGCGGCACAGCAGCGCAGGCUCUCCAACCAGCAGAGAUUCCUCUUUCCAGGACACAGAGACUGACUCGUCUGGGGCUCCUCUGCUCCAGGUGUACUGCUAAAGGACCUGAGCAGCAGGGAGGCAUCCCAGGGCUCUGCUGCAGUCACAUCCUGCUCUCUCCAUGUGGAGUGUGCUGUGCCACAUUUGAUUUUUUUUUCCCAGUCUACCCUGAUCCUUACUGAAGCCAGAUGCCUCCUGCUGUCUGAGUUUCACUGGAUGUUUUGGUUUUUUUUGGACAAUCAAGGAAACAAACUGCAGAGCUAAUGAACUUGGGAGGUGGAGUGUGUGCCCAGGGAGGAGAAGAUGGACAAGGAAGUAGCAGAUCACUUGUGCCUCUGUGAUUCUGUAAAUCACAUUUAGCUCUGACAGCCUCAGUGCUCAGCCCUUUCCCUGCUCUGAGGAGCUGUGGUGCAGUUCCUGCUUCCUGGCACUGCCUGAGUGAACUUGGAGAGGGAAUAACGCUGUGGGGUCUGUGCUGGUGCUGAUGGUGAGGUGCAGGCUGAGAUCCUGCCCUGGAGGGACCCAAAUCGCUAUUUAAAGUGCCUGUGUUGAUCCCACAACCCCAAAAUCUUCUACCCAUGGUGUUUUCAGUAGCCAGAUCUGCCUUUCCCUGCUGACCUGGGUGUCACCUCCUUGUCACCUCCUGCUGCCUCGUGAGGUUCAGGUUUGUGGGGCUCGUUUCAUUUGUGGCCUAGGGCAGUUCCAGUGCUGGGGUGGCUGCUGGGCUGCCCCUGCAUGGGCAGACCAUGGGGAUCAGCUCUGCCAGCCUGCUGGGGAUCUGGGGAGCACCCCUGGGACCUGCCUGCCAGCAGCUCCCCUGGGACAGCCUGGGGCAGGAUUGUGCAGGUGAGGGAACACUUAAUUCACUCACAACUUUUUGUGGUUCAGAACUGUUUGAGUGUUGUGCUAGAAAAUCCCUUCCAAGUGGUUUGCUUUGAAAGGAAGGGCCCUGAGUGUCUGCAGAGGGUUUGGGAGGCACUGCUGGCACUCAGCACCUGCAGCAGGCAGGGGGAAGCAGGAGAGGGGCACUGCUGUCCCCAGGGCACGCUGCCAGGUGGCCUUGAGGGCUGCAGCAGGAGGAGGCUCCAUCUGUGCUGUUGCCACUUGGUUGUUUGUCACAAAGUGAGCACAGCAAGCCAUGGGACUGGUUUGGAGAUUUGGGUGCCCUUGGACAUGACCAGAAAACACUUCACUGAAUCUGCCAGCCGUAGGAUAAACACACCCACAGGAUUUUGGGGAGAGGGAAGCCCAGACAGGCCCCAGGCUUUGGUGUGGACCAUGGUUUUGUGCCUUAAUUGAACUGAAAUGUGCCUUAAUUGAACUGAAAUGUGCCUUAAUUGAACUGAAAUGUGCCUUUAUUUUACAGCCUGUGGUUGCUCUUCAGAGGUUUGGGCAGGGAGGAAGGAUUUAAUUCCUCUCACAAGCUCUCAGGCUGCUUUAAAAGGCCAAAACCCUUUGAAAUUCCAGUUCCAGUCCCUGUUAGAGCCUGGUUUUGUAAAGCUUGUCUUUUUUCAGAAUGUGCUUCCAGAAAUCAGGGGCAUUACUGAGACCACACCUGGAGACACUGACAGAGAUAUUUUGAAGAUAAAGGGAAGAGACUGAGCCUUGGGUUUUGCUUCCCCUCCCUGCUUUGUGUUUAAAGCUGUUGGUUUAUGAGAAAUGGAGUUUAUACAAGGGAAAGACUUGAAGCAAGGCCAGGUUGGGACUCCCAGGGGAGCUGUGUGAGGUCACCUCCUUCCCAGUGCUGCCCAUCCUGAGAGACCUGCUUGGCUUCUGCUUCUCAGGGGUUUGUACAUUGUUAUUUGGACAAGUUUCCUGCAGGCUGUGUGCUG